GCGUCUGCCUGAGUGCGGCACGUGCUCCAAGCGCUGGCGCGGGAGAGCGAGCGCCACCGCCGCGGGCCGGAGCCGCUCUGCCUGCUGCCACCGCUGCCUCCAUCGCCGCCACUAGCGCUCCAGCUGCAGCCAAGGCCGCUAAAGGAGCGCAGGAAGCCCGCGAGGAGCGGCUGGCUGGGGGCGCCAGGCUCAGGGCGCGCAUCUGGUUUUGAAGAUCAUGAUCACGUGGAAUCAUCUGAAUACAUGGUACCUGGGGACAUGUUGGUCCUUUAGAGACCACAUCUAAAUUAUUGGCUAAGUUUUUGUUUUGCCACUCAACAUAGGACAUUGUUUGAUUCUAUCUAUCAGAACUCUCCUAAAAUUUCCCCACCAUGCUAUCUUUUUAGCUUGAACUCUGUUCCUAAAAUGGUCCUUCUGUUGAUCUUGUCAGUCCUGCUUUUGAAAGAAGAUGUCCGUGGGAGUGCACAGUCUAGCGAGAGGAGGGUGGUGGCUCACAUGCCGGGUGACAUCAUUAUCGGAGCUCUGUUUUCUGUCCACCACCAGCCCACUGUGGACAAAGUUCACGAGAGGAAAUGUGGAGCUGUUCGUGAACAGUAUGGCAUUCAGAGAGUGGAGGCCAUGCUGCACACCCUGGAAAGGAUCAACUCUGACCCCACGCUCUUGCCCAACAUCACACUGGGCUGUGAGAUAAGGGAUUCCUGCUGGCACUCGGCUGUGGCCCUAGAACAGAGCAUUGAGUUCAUAAGGGACUCCCUCAUUUCUUCAGAUGAAGAAGAAGGUUUGGUGCGCUGUGUGGAUGGCUCUUCCUCCUUCCGCGCCAAGAAGCCCAUAGUAGGUGUCAUUGGGCCUGGCUCCAGUUCUGUGGCCAUUCAGGUCCAGAACCUGCUCCAGCUUUUCAACAUACCUCAGAUUGCUUACUCAGCAACAAGCAUGGAUCUGAGUGACAAAACUCUGUUCAAGUACUUCAUGAGGGUUGUGCCUUCAGAUGCCCAGCAGGCUCGGGCAAUGGUGGACAUAGUGAAGAGGUACAACUGGACCUAUGUGUCAGCUGUGCACACGGAAGGCAACUACGGAGAAAGUGGGAUGGAAGCUUUCAAAGAUAUGUCAGCCAAGGAAGGAAUUUGCAUUGCUCACUCUUACAAAAUCUACAGCAAUGCGGGGGAGCAGAGCUUUGAUAAGCUGCUGAAGAAGCUCAGGAGUCACUUGCCCAAGGCUCGGGUGGUAGCCUGCUUCUGUGAAGGCAUGACUGUGCGAGGACUGUUGAUGGCCAUGAGGCGCCUGGGUCUAGCUGGAGAAUUUCUGCUUCUGGGCAGUGAUGGCUGGGCUGACAGGUAUGAUGUGACAGAUGGAUAUCAGCGAGAAGCUGUUGGUGGAAUCACAAUCAAGCUUCAAUCUCCCGAUGUCAAGUGGUUUGAUGACUAUUAUCUGCAGCUCCGGCCAGAAACCAACCUCCGAAACCCUUGGUUUCAAGAAUUUUGGCAGCAUCGUUUUCAGUGCCGGCUGGAAGGGUUUGCGCAGGAGAACAGCCAAUACAACAAGACCUGCAACAGUUCUCUGACUCUGAGAACACAUCAUGUUCAAGAUUCCAAAAUGGGAUUUGUGAUCAAUGCAAUCUACUCCAUGGCCUAUGGGCUUCACAACAUGCAGAUGUCCCUCUGCCCAGGCUAUGCAGGCCUUUGUGAUGCAAUGAAGCCUAUUGAUGGACAGAAACUUUUGGACUCCCUGAUGAAAACCAAUUUUACUGGGGUUUCCGGAGAUAUGAUCCUAUUUGAUGAAAAUGGAGACUCUCCAGGAAGGUAUGAAAUAAUGAAUUUCAAGGAAAUGGGAAAAGAUUAUUUUGAUUAUAUCAAUGUUGGGAGCUGGGACAAUGGAGAAUUAAAAAUGGAUGAUGACGAAGUAUGGUCCAAGAAAAACACCAUCAUCAGAUCUGUAUGCAGUGAACCAUGUGAGAAGGGCCAGAUAAAGGUGAUCCGGAAGGGAGAAGUCAGCUGUUGUUGGACCUGCACGCCAUGUAAAGAGAAUGAGUAUGUCUCUGAUGAGUACACCUGCAAGGCAUGCCAGCUGGGGUCCUGGCCCACGGAUGACCUUACAGGUUGUGAUUUGAUCCCAGUCCAGUACCUUCGCUGGGGUGACCCUGAGCCCAUUGCAGCUGUGGUGUUUGCCUGCCUUGGCCUGCUGGCCACCUUGUUUGUUACCGUAGUCUUCAUCAUUUACCGUGAUACCCCAGUAGUCAAGUCCUCCAGCAGGGAACUCUGCUACAUUAUCCUUGCUGGCAUCUGCCUGGGCUACUUAUGCACCUUCUGCCUCAUUGCAAAGCCCCAACAAAUUUAUUGCUACCUUCAGAGAAUCGGCAUUGGUCUCUCCCCAGCCAUGAGCUACUCAGCCCUGGUAACCAAGACCAACCGUAUUGCGAGGAUCCUGGCUGGGAGCAAGAAGAAGAUCUGUACCAAAAAGCCACGAUUCAUGAGUGCCUGUGCCCAGCUAGUGAUUGCUUUCAUCCUCAUAUGCAUCCAGUUGGGCAUCAUCGUUGCCCUCUUUAUAAUGGAGCCUCCUGAUAUAAUGCAUGACUACCCAAGCAUUCGAGAAGUCUACCUGAUUUGUAAUACAACCAACCUAGGAGUUGUCACUCCUCUCGGAUACAAUGGGUUGCUCAUUUUGAGCUGUACCUUCUAUGCUUUCAAGACCAGAAAUGUUCCAGCUAACUUCAACGAGGCCAAGUAUAUCGCCUUCACAAUGUACACCACCUGCAUUAUAUGGCUGGCCUUCGUGCCAAUCUACUUUGGCAGCAACUACAAAAUCAUCACCAUGUGUUUCUCAGUCAGCCUCAGUGCCACGGUGGCGCUAGGCUGCAUGUUUGUGCCGAAGGUGUACAUCAUCUUGGCCAAACCAGAGAGAAACGUGCGCAGCGCCUUCACCACAUCCACCGUGGUGCGCAUGCACGUGGGGGAUGGAAAGUCCUCUUCGGCCGCCAGCAGGUCCAGCAGCCUAGUCAACCUGUGGAAGAGGAGAGGCUCCUCUGGGGAAACCCUAAGGUACAAAGACAGGAGAUUGGCCCAGCACAAGUCGGAAAUAGAGUGUUUCACCCCCAAAGGGAGUAUGGGGAAUGGUGGGAGAGCAACAAUGAGCAGCUCCAACGGGAAAUCCGUCACGUGGGCCCAGAACGAGAGGAGCAGCCGGGGGCAGCACCUGUGGCAGCGGCUGUCCAUCCACAUCAACAAGAAGGAGAAUCCCAACCAAACGGCGGUCAUCAAGCCCUUCCCCAAGAGCACGGAGAGCCGCGGCCCGGGCGCGGGCGGCGCGGGCGGCGCGGGCCCCAGCGCGGGGGGCACCGGCGGCGCGAGCUGCGCGGCCGCGGGCCCCGGCGGCCCCGAGCCGCCCGACGCCGCCCCCAAGCCGCUGUACGAGGUGGCGGAGGCCGAGGAGCAGUUCCCCGCGGCGGCGCGCCCGCGCUCGCCCUCGCCCAUCAGCACGCUGAGCCACCGCGCGGGCUCGGCCAGCCGCACCGACGACGACGCGCCCUCGCUGCACUCGGAGCCCGCGGCGCGCAGCAGCUCCUCGCAGGGCUCGCUCAUGGAGCAGAUCAGCAGCGUGGUGACCCGCUUCACGGCCAACAUCAGCGAGCUCAACUCCAUGAUGCUGUCCACCGCGGCCCCGGGGCCCGGCGUGGGCGCCCCGCUCUGCUCAUCCUACCUGAUCCCCAAAGAGAUCCAGCUGCCCACGACCAUGACGACGUUCGCCGAAAUCCAGCCCCUGCCCGCCAUCGAGGUGACGGCCGGCGCGCAGCCCGCGGCAGCCGCGGCCCCGCCGGCUGGGGGCGCUGCCCUGGAGACGCCGGAGCCCGCGCCCGAGGCCGCGACGGGCAAGCCGGAGCUGGAGGAGUUGGUGGCUCUCACCCCGCCGUCCCCCUUCAGAGACUCGGUGGACUCGGGGAGUACAACCCCCACCUCGCCGGUGUCCGAAUCUGCCCUCUGUAUCCCUUCGUCUCCCAAAUAUGACACACUGAUCAUAAGAGAUUACACUCAGAGCUCGUCGUCGUUGUGAAUGGCACUGGAAACCACGCUGGUUCCCCGACUGGAGCGAGACCGCACGUGUUCACACAGCGACAAGCGCAGCCAUCUGGGUCAGAUCUGGGGUGGAAGAUGCCGAGUAAAGCGAAACGGAAACGAGAUCAAUAGUGCUAUUUAACAUCAACCGACGAAGACACCAACUACAAAUCUUUUGGCAGAUUUUCUUCUAGUGGCCUUAGAAAACAUGGGCUUUUAAGAAACACUGCUAUUUUUGAGGGCUGACAGGAGUCUGUUAAAACAGUUACCUACCAAGUGCUUUGCUCUAGGGAAGCAAUGAGUGUGAAACAGCAUAAUGGAGGGGGGGGAAAGCAUAGUUAAUAAGCAACUGUAAAAAGUUUAGUUUGUUUACUUUCCUUCUUUUCCCAGAAGAGUCUUUGAUUCACCAAACAUGAAUGUACAUUUUAUAACAAACUUAAAAUCUGGGACCAAAACGUCAACCUAUCUUUUUUUUUUUUUUCCUUUCUUUCUUUUUUCUUUCUUUUGAAGACUUUGAAAAACAGUACCUUGGGCCAGGUAUUUGCUGAGGCAUAGUGAGUGUGUCCACGAGGCAUAACACACAACUGGAUAAUGAGUGGUGCGCUGGUGUGUGUAGGGUUUUUAACCAGAGACUGACUUUCCUCUCCAAUUCGUUUGUGAAAUCCUCUUCCGAAAGCCUGCAUCCGGGAUUCCACCUAGUUAUUUCAAUUCACCUCCAUUAACCAGGAAAACCAGUGGAAGAUUUCUUGACUAUUUCACCAUGUUGCCAAUCAAUACUGGAGUAGCAAAAAAAUAUUUUCUGGAAUACUGUUUUGUAAUUCCCUCACUGGAGUGCGUUGUGUAGCUGGAAAUUCUCUUUAUAAUAAUAAUUCUUAAGCUCCAGCUUGGCUAUCUUUUUCAUGAAAUGUGGCCACUCCUCCUGAUGAAUGCUGUUCUGUUAGCAUUGCCAGCUAAAAUAUUAACAUAUGCAUUUGGGCUUCUUCAUUCGUUUCUUUUGAGAACCUGAUGCACAAAAAGCUCCUCUGUUUUUUUCAAGUCCCACCACUGGAAGAAUGGUCCAUAGACCCAAUGAAGACAUUGUCACGAUUGGAGGGACUGUUUUUCAAAAAAUUAACACAGUCUUAAUACACUGGAAAUUUUAAACUGUGUCAAGUCGGCUUAGCAGAGAUUUAGCCAUGCCAGUGAGCAGUGAUUUUAACUUUUCUUGGCUGCUGAAACAGGGCAGCUAUGAACUAUGACAAAUGGAGAUUUUUCAAAGCAAUACAGAAUACUAAAACAGAGGAACCUUAGUGAAUAUAAACCACACAGUCUUUCUUAGCCAUUCCAAAAAGAGGCAAAGCAAUUAUAAUUUCCUUUUUAAAAUAAUUAUUAAUAUGAUUUUGUGCACUUCAUACUGUCACUUUUUAAAUACUGCAGAAAAGAGAUUUAAAGUUAUAAUACAAAUGCACAUGCUUUGACGGGCUCAUAGAGAUAGAAUUCACAGCUCAAGACCUGCAUCCAGUGUCAUCUCUUUCUUCUUCCCAUUACAGCUAUCCUCAGGUGCCAAAUGUUUUUGAUUUUUAAAUAAGGAUAGUAAUAAAAGAAGGAGAUGUCCUAUAAAUUUAAAGUUCAGUCGACCCAGCCUUAUAUUAAAGAUAGCCUUAUGAAAAAAGUUUUACUGUGAGGCAGAAGUGUAUUUUUGGCAGAGAGAAAAAUAAGUAAAACCUGUUUCUUUUAGCUCAAUAUUCUUAUUUUGUAAGUACUUUUAUUUUACACCUACUUAAAAAGUAAUUGAGAAAUGAAAAUAUAUCCAUUGGCAUAAUUUAGCAUUUUUCAUUUUUAAAAGCUAUAAUAAAUAUACUGCAGGAUUUCCCUUUCCUGAUACCUGUUCUAAUUUAAAUUUUAAAUCAAAUCUUCCAAUAUAAAAUAAUAAAAGCUAACAUUAAUGUACUAAAAUAAAAUUUAAUAAUUCAAACCUCCAAUGACAGAUUUGAAAUAACACAAUCAGAGCACCCUGAUCCCAAAUAUGAUAAUGAUACUCUUGAAACAGAGUGGAUCUAGCUAAAUUUUAUGGUCUCUUUGAAAGCAAAUGUCUGCCUCUACUUGAAAACCAAAUGUAAAUAUUUUGAAGUAUUAUUAUCCCUGGAUCCUCAUUUAGAAGGUGGCAUUCACCUAAGGAAUACUGUCUUGAUUUCUUAGGUAUUGAAACAUUUUUAAAUAUGUUUUACUAUCUAAGUUUUGAAAUUUAUUUCAUAAAAACCCCUAUAUUGAGUUCCAUUUUAUUCUUAAGUACAGUAAGUUUCACUGUAUUUAUCAAAAGAAGAACAUGUUUUAAACUUUCUCCAUGAUCAAAUUCCUUUUCUAACUUCUUAGCAAUAUAUUUCUUUUUAAAAGUAAACUAAUUUAUUAGAAAUUAAAAUUUAAAGCAAAUAGAUCACUAGGUAAUAAUUCCAGAUGAAAUUACAAUCAACUUGAAGAAAAAUAAUUAUCCAAUUAGAAGAGAACAAGAUGUAUUUUUCUCUAUGUUUAUGUACCCUUUGCCGCUUCAUUUUAUACAUUGUAUAAUACAUAUUAUUAGUAGUAAUGCAUUAUUGAGAUAUUUUAUUUUGGAAUGAUGCUAACUCUGUCUCUUUGCCAAUUCUCAUACCAGGUUCCAAGUAAUAAAUCUACAAUACAAAGAGAACUGAAUAUUCAUUCUAGGGCUAGGAUAUGAACUUCACAAUUAGUUUGGGUACCUAUUUUCAUUGAAUUUCCUUGAACACAAUCUGUUCCUGGUGCCCAGUGAUAAUUCAGUUGGGACUAAAAGGACGGAGAAAGUACAGUGAAAUGCUAAAGUUCAGAGAAGUGAUCCUAUAAAGGACAGUUUGGUCCCAGGAUGUUAAAAAAGAAGACCUGGUUUGAUCAAGUUAUGUGGAUUAGCUAAGUAGUCCAACCAUUCUUGAUUUUGGGAGAGGAAUCGAGGCAGCCUGAGAAGAGCCUAUCUGGAUUGGGAAGAACCAUCUGUCUAGAUUAGAGGUAGGGACCAGAAAGAAAGGGAGUAUGGAAAGAAGUAGGUGAAAGUUGACUGAAGCAAAGAAAAAAAGCGAACUCCCAAAUGUGCUAAGCCUUGAGAGUAAUGGUCUUUCCCAAGCUACUGCUGUUACCAGCAAGUGAUCAGGAGAACUAGGAGCUAUUUCUGACUGUAAAUGAAUUUUAUGAUGGCUCUAAUGCAGUUCUGUGACUUCCAAACCAGGAAUUAAACACUUAUUAAGAAAAAAACAAAAACAUUUCCUAUGAUAGUCUCCCAGCAAAAUGUACAUGUUUUGGAGACUUCAAAGGUAUUCUCUGAGUUCACAUUUAGCCACAGCUUAUUAAUAACCCUCAAGCUGUCAGUCUCUAUAGUAACCAUUUACAAUUUUAUACUGUGAAAAAAUACAGAUCAGUGAAAAGCAUAAAGAUAAAUUAGUUCACUUUAAAGAGGGUCUGAGGCCUGGGAGAUUCUCUACUAUCUGUUGAAGAAUGAGGCAUGUAUAAAAUAGUUGGCUGAAUUUCACUGAUCUUCCCAAUGUGAACAAAUAUACUAUGUAUAUUGUGUGUAUUUCUAGAUUUCAAUGGCAGCUGCUGGUGGUGUUGUAAUUAGAAAUCUAUAUAGAAUAUAGAUGUUUUAGGGAGAUGGUGCCAAUCCUAAAAGAUUUGUGUGGGCUACAAGUGCUUGUACUUACUUUUCUCUGCACUUAUAACUGAUUUGGUUUUAAAAUUGUGUGCGAGUAUCUGUUCUUUUUUUGUUGUUGCAGCUUGUACUAUUAAAACAAUAGAGAAUGUUAAAUUAUUUUGAUGUGAAUUGCAAAUGAUUUUUUUCAUAAAGUUUAACAUUUUUAUCAGCAUUGUUUCGCUUUGUACUUGUAUAAACGUGGUUUAUUUUAGCAUUUUAAAAUACACUUGCCUGUUUCUCAGUUGUCUAAA